AUGUCGCUCAGUCCCGCCGAAGUCAACGCUGCUACUGCCCUAGCCAACAUGCUAACAAACAACAGUCCACUCUCCUCCAUUUAUUCCACCGAUAGACACGUAUCCGUGGGUUUAGAUGAUGGGUUCACGUUGCCGCCUCUUGUCGAGAUCCGUCCCUCAGCUUAUCUCCAAGCCCACGCCGGCGCUAUCUUAGACGUCGAUACAAGCACUAACGCGGAUCUGGGGUUUGUUCCUCUGUUCAAUGCCGCGCCGGCCACGCCGGUGUCGUUGUCAAGUGAUCAGGACGGGUCCAUCGCUACUGAAGACGAGCUUGGCCCUUCCGACUCCGAAGAAGACUCUCGUUUACAAACCCUGCCGGACUCUUCCGACCGUUGUCGCGAGACCUAUUUACAAUCUAAUGCUACCUUGAUAGCGUCACCCACACCCAGAGAACAAUUUGUCCGUCCAACGGAAGCUUUAACGUCUCCCGGACCCGAGCCAAUUGAUUAUUCGGUCGUUAUUCCCGCUUCUAACGGUUACCGCUCGCCGUCAGUUGUUAGUUUCUCUGACUUACCGGGGAACGGCACCGCCGAUUCGCCCUAUUACGUCAACACGCCGCCGCCGGGGUCAGACGCCAAAGAAAACGCUGCCGACCGAGGACCUUUCUUCGCCGAAGUGGUCCGUGAAAGAACUGUGCGCACUGCACGCCGUCGUAUUAAGGAGAGAUUUCACGAUUAUUUCCAUAUCCUCGAUUCUUUUCCGUAUUGUACCGCUGCGCGCACCGGGGAACGUCGCCGUUCUGCGCGUCAAUGGUUGUACCGCAAAGUCAUGGAUGAGAUGGACCUGGUCUUGGCCGAUGUGGAUGAAGUGACCAUGCAACUUGUCAAUUAG